AACAUGUUUGGAUUUGCCGUUGUGUUUUCGCGGUUCAGCUGAUUGGCUGGCUUUUUGUGGUGGAAAGAACAACGGAGUCCUCGUUGGAUUUGCGGUGUCUAUCCGUGUAUCAACAAAGGAAUUUCUGUUUCAUGGCUAAAGAAACAAGUUGUGGAGAGUGUCAGUGUUGAGUGCCUGCGAUGGUUAGCACUGCAUAUCGCUUGGCUAAUCGCGGAGAAGCAUCCGAUACUGCAGUCAGACUGCAGUCAGAUCGCUGUCAGAAAGCCAAGUUGUGCAUUGAAUCACUCAACUGCCGUCCUUCUACUCCAUCAUCUCGGGAACCCGUGCUUUCAAUCGUCAUCCCCUACAGAUGAGCUCAGCGGAUUCCUCAGGGUAGCAAUUCACAUGAUUUACAUCACCCUAGUAAAAUGUCACGAUUUUUAAAAUUAUGAAGAAUGCAUUCUUCUAUUUCAAUUUCUCUACCUUUCGAGAUUCUCUCAAAGAACAUUACCAGUAGCCAUGGUAUCUUCACAUCUUCAAUUGCGAUGGUUCCCGUUAUGCCUCGUGGCAUUGUCAAUUUUAUGGCGAAGCAUCGAAGCCCAGCAGGUCAUUGCGCCACCCCCAGCUGUUCAUGGCACCCUCACGUUCAACAUAACAAAUGAUCACACAAUCCGGGUCACUAUCAAUAACCCGCCAAUUAACCUUUUCAACAACAAUCUCCUCGACGACAUGCUUUCCUUCCUCACCUCCCUCGUCCCCAGCAACCGAGCUACUCCGCCCCCGAAAGUAGUAAUCUUCUCCAGCUCCAACCCCGACUUUUUCAUGAUGCACCGCGACGUACAAGGAAUCAUCCCACCACUCGUUCCCUGGAAAUUGCAAGCUAUCAACAACUACAUCUCCAUCACGCGGUAUCUGCAGAAUAUCACCACCACGGUCUUCAUCGCCGAAUGCAACGGCCGCGCUUUCGGAGCUGGAAAUGAAGUCAUGGUACAAAUGGACAUGCGUUUCGCCGGUCCUAACGCGAGCGUAGGAUUUUUCGAAGACGGGCUCGGCGUGUUCCCUGGCGGAGGAGGACAACAAUUCCUCCUCGAGCUCGUAGGAAAAGCUCGAACUAUGGAAUACGUUCUUGGAGCAUUACAGAUUGAUGGGCCGACCGGAGCUGAGAUUGGUUGGUUCAACCGGUACUAUGAAUCUGCAGAUGCCAUGACGAGGUCUAUUGAUGAUUUAGCGGCGCGGAUCUCGACGUUUCCGAAUGGGACGGUUAAUGCAACCAAGUCGGGUUUGAGUUGGAGGAAUCCGACACUGGAAGUACUGGAGGCAGAUAUUGCAGAGUUUAUCAGGUUGGAUGCUAUGCCUGACCGGGCGCCGCUGGAGGAAAUGUUUUUGAAUGUUACGAAGAAUGAGACAGCUACACCGUUUGAGAUGAACACGCCAUUGAAUAUGCCGGAGCUGUACGUUUGAUGGAAAGAACAUGGUUCAAAAAUGACUUAGGUUUAAGUAGAUCUACCUUAGACUUGCACGAUUCUUGGAAAAGGAUAUGUAAUUUGAAUGGAGCUAUAGAGAAGAAAACAAUGAUAUUGAACUACAGAUAGG